GAUUACUUGUUUUAUAAAAAAGAUGGCAAGAAGGCUUUCAAUUAUUGUGAGCUGUAGGCGGACAUGGUGUAUAAUGAUUGAGUACCUAGCUUGGAGAUCGUACAAUCAGUACUCGCUGGACAAUAAUCGCUCGCGUGCGUAUGCGGUGUCGCAGUGAAAGUCAAUUUGUUACAGCUUUCUCGAAGAUCAAGGAUAUUAUGGAAAAGGAUGAUACCUUGUGGUCAAAAAUUGCAUGUAACACGCUGAUAAAUGUUGUUACAUAUCCAUUUGACUAUGCCAAAGUUUUAAUUCAGAUUGGGUAUGAGCCUAUAGACCCACAGCCAACCACUACUCUUUUUGGUAAAUCAGCACUUGGUUUGCCAAACAUUUUUCAGUAUGUAAGGUACAUAAAAAAUGUUGAUGGUUUCGGAGGAUGUUAUAGAGGCCUUGUACCAAAAAUCUGUGCACAAACAAUUUAUGGCAUUGCUUUUGACAAGAGUUACAAAUCGGUUGAAUUUGAAGAUGAACCGGAUAGUACUGUACCUAUAGAUGAUUUAGAAGACAGUGAAAGAGAUAAAAGAUAUGUUCAAGAAUUCUUUAAAAACUUCAUUGCUAGAACAAUAGGCAUUAUCGUUAGUCAUCCAUUUGAUGUGAUAUCAACUCGAAUGAUGGCUCAAUUCGUAGGUGGCGAGGUUAAAUAUGUUACACUAGUAGGAUCUGUGACUGAAAUAUAUCAUGAGAAUGGUCUGUUAGGUUUCUUUGCUGGAAUUGUUCCAAGACUCAUUGCUAAUGCUACCACAUUGGCAAUUAUCAGUACAUCAACUUAUGUUAUUAACAAGUAUUUCAUUCAAGAUAGAGAAUUGAGGGUUUACACAUCAACAACGAUGACAUUCCUUGCAUCUACCUUUACUUACCCUUUCUUGGUUGUUUCCCAAUGUAUGGCUGUGAAUAAUUGCGGAUUGGCAGCUGGACAGCCGCCUGCCAUGCCAAUUUAUACUGGCUGGACUGAUUGUUGGAGACAUUUGUCGAAAAAUAAACAGUUGAAGCGAGGCAGCAGCUUAUUGUGGAGAUACUACACGGGCCCGACUAUUUUGAUUAAUGGUCGACCUUAUGUUGACAGAAUUUCGUUGAGCUUGAAAGAUAAUCCACUGAAGAAAUUUGUGUAACUCAAUAAUAAUAACUGAUGUGUGUUUUCAGAUUAAAAGAUAUUUAUUUAUUCUGCCGUGUAAGCUUUAAUUGAUGCAUUUUCCGAAAAUCUCAGUAUGUACAUUACCUUCAAGAAAAGAAUGUUAAGACAUUUUUUUAGUUUCGAUGAAUUGUGGUUAUUAUCGACGCCAAUUAUUCUUGUAAAUAUCGUAUAGUUGAAUCGCCUUAGAUAAAUGAAAAAAAGACUUGCCUAUGUGCAAAAUUGUUUUAAAGUUACUUUACAUUCAUUCAUGGGUAAAUGUAAAAAUACUAAAAAUAUUGUGAACAUUUAUGAUUAUAACUUAUGCCAAACUUUUUAUUAUUCCGAUUUUUUUUAAUAUAUCAAUAACUAUUGUACUACGAUUGUACUACGGUGAUUUGUCUUUCCGAUAAAAAUAAAAUUGAAGUUGAAGGCUG